AUGAAAUUUAUAUUUUUAGACUUCCUUUUUUUAUACAAAAUAUUUUUAUCAUAUUGUUAUUUAUUGAAGAGAAAUAAAGUACUUUAUGGUCAUAGAAAUCCCUCAUCUUGUAUAUUUUUUAUAGUACAACACAAUUCUUUAAAAAAUAUUGCUUAUAAUAAUAAUAAUUUUGUUUAUAAAAAAAAGGAAUUUACUAAAAACAGAAGUAAUAAAUUAUUUGAUAGUAAUGAUGAUGAGAAGAAACAACCAUUUAUAAAUAAUUCGAACAUUUUUCGAAAUAAAUAUAAUUAUAUACCAACCUUUGAUGAGGUAAAAAAAGACAUAGAAAUUUUUAAAAAAGAUUAUCCAUAUUAUUUUACAGAACAUAGUAUACUAGAAUUAAUAAGAAUAGAAGAUAAUAUUGUUGUUAUAAAUAUUGAAGGACAAUUUUUUGAAGAUAUUAAUGUAGUAUUUUCAGAAGUAACAAAAUAUUUAUUAAAUAAAUAUAUGGGAAUAUUGGGUGUCCAUCCAUAUAAUAUUAGAAACCUGAAUAUACGGGGCAACGAAAUGUGA